AUGAGUAACGCAACAGCCCUGGUAGGGGCGUUUCCGCCCCCGCCUGGCGUCACACCGAAUUUCGAGAACCCAAGGGAUGCCGGGUGGAUGUGGAAUGUCGUGGGAAUGAGUGUUCUGGCAGCAAUCACGACGCUGUUCUUUGGGAUCAGGACGUAUGUGAAGUUUUCCAUGGCAAGACCGUUUCUUCCAGAUGACUGGACUUGCGCUGUGUCAUACGCAUUGAUCAUGAUCUACGUUUCGACUGUGUUUGUGAUGGCACACUAUGGCGAGGGCUAUCAUGCAUGGGAGCUGACGAAAGAAUCGUAUCAAGAAGUGAUGAGAUGGCUGUACGCCAGUUCCAUCAUCUACUGCCCAGCAGCAUACUUUACGAAGGUCACUUUACUCCUACUCGAAGCACGAGUCUUUGCCGUGCAUGAACGAGUCUCACGGGGGAUCAAAGUCUUCAUCAUCACCUUGCUCAUCUGUUACAUCCCAAUUCAGAUUCUCAAGACUGUCAUCUGCCUGCCAGUAUCAGCCUUCUGGAACCCCAAAACCCCGAACCCGAGAUGUCUAAAUCAACGCAAAAUUUUCAUUGCGGAUCUGAGCCUGGCAAUCAUCACCGACUUCUUCAUCCUCGUUCUCCCCGUACCACUGUUGUGGGGUUUGCGCAUGCCUUUGCACAAGAAGCUGAAAGUCGCUGCGCUACUUGGAGCUGGGGGUAUUGCGACAGCUGUGACAGUCUAUCGCAUGUAUCUCGUCGUCCAGUUCCUCACCUCGACGGAUGUUACAGCGGACUUCGUCGUCUUGGACCUUAUCACGGCACUGGAACUUGUCAUCGGCGUCGUUUGCGCUUGUUUACCUUCAACCAACCUUCUCUACCAACGGAUACGACGAGGAGAGGGAAAGCCAAUGGGCAACCUUCCCCGAACUACAGGUGAUCUGAAGAAAGGAAGCAGUUCAAGCUCUUCUUACUGGCGCAGCAUGUUGCCAAACAAACAACUGAGGACUACGCGCACGGCCAUCACUGUGGCAGAACGCACUGCGAUAAGUCCAACAGGUCCCGCAAACUUCGAUACCGAACUCGCUGUCCUCACUGGUCAGCCGAUGGGUAUGAGACCAUUGACGGAAGAGUCGGUUAGAAAGUUGGAGCAGACUCCUGACGACUGGACUUACAACCCCAGAGCAAAUUCAAUGGACGGGAGGAGAGAAGGAUGGCUGGCACAGGGUGCCGAGGGCUCAGUGCAAGGAUGUUCGAGAGACAAAGCACCCAAUUGGCAAAAUCACGAGAUGGAGGCCAGAAAAUCUUGGGAGGCUGUAUGGGAGAAGGCUAUACCUUCGGAGGCGUUGGCCUCCAUACCCGAGGAUGACGGCCCUCCUCGGCUGCAGCUGGCGACACAUCCACCACCAGACUGGGAGCACCUGACAAAUUAG